AUGUCCCAAACCUCUGGCAUUUUGCCGUUGACGCCCGAGCAGCUAGCCUCUGGUGCACGCCAAUGCCUCGCCCUGCAACAAUCAGGACGAGAAAUCCACUCCAAGCGGCCAUUCGCAGCGCUCCUGCUGGGUCCCGACAAUGAAACCGUGCUGAUGAGCUCUCUUUCGCUCUCGCAUGUUCGCCAUGCUGAAUGCGAGCUGGCCCGCAAUGCCGCGGAUAACUACGCCUGGGACUACCUUGCCAAAUGCACCAUGGUCUCUACCUGGGAGCCAUGUGCUAUGUGUGCUGGAACCAUAUACUGGGCCCAUAUUGGACGCCUGGUCUAUCUAGCGUCGGAAAAGGCCCUUCAGAAACUUACGGGGGACGGUAAUACGGAGAACCUGACGCUUGACAUGCCAUGCCGGGGCGUUUUUGCUGCAGGGCAAACUACAGUGGAGGUUCUGGGCCCAUUGAAAACUGAGGGUUGGGAGCAGAAAGUUGUCGACGAUGCAGCGUUGUAUUGGUUGAAGGGAAAUUAA